AUGGCAACACAGACUAAGGAGAGAAGCCGCGUGCUUCCGCUUACGGCGCACGCAGCUCGAGCUCACACGUGCGUCUGCAGACUCGUGGAGGAGAAGUUUCCGCUGAUCCGGUCCAACGCUUCGAUCUCGGUCGCUGCAGACAUGUCGUUCAGAGGAGGAGGAGGAGGAAGAGGAGGCUUCAACAGAGGGGGAGGCAGAGGAGGAGGGGGAGGCUUCAGGGGAGGUGGGGGCCGAGGGGGAGGAGGCUUCAGGGGAGGCGGCAGAGGAGGCUUCAACAGACAGCAGGACUACGGACCCCCGGAGUACGUCGUAGGGCUGGGGGAGUUCAUGCACCCGUGUGAAGAUGACAUCGUGUGUAAGUGUACGGCAGAGGAAAACAAAGUGCCGUACUUCAACGCUCCGGUUUAUCUGGAGAACAAGGAGCAGAUCGGGAAAGUGGACGAGAUCUUCGGCCAGCUGCGAGACUUUUACUUUUCAGUGAAACUCUCAGAAAACAUGAAAGCUUCGUCGUUCAAGAAGCUGCAGAAGUUCUACAUUGACCCCAUGAAGCUGCUGCCGCUGCAGAGGUUCCUGCCCAGACCUCCAGGAGAGAAGGGCCCUCCGCGGGGGGGCCGAGGGGGGGGGCGAGGAGGAGGCCGAGGGGGAGGCCGAGGAGUGUCAGAGGCGUCUGUGCACGUGGUCAGAGUCUGUGCACGUGGUCCGAGUCUGUGCACGUGGUCAGGGUCUGUGCACGUGGUCAGGGUCUGUGCACGUGGUCCGGGUCUGUGCACGUGGUCAGAGUCUGUGCACGUGGUCCGGGUGGGUUCCGUGGAGGUCGCGGUGGAGGGUUCGGAGGAGGAGGAAGAGGAGGCGGCGGCUUUGGAGGAGGAAGAGGAGGAGGAUUCAGAGGAAGAGGAGGCUUUGGAGGCGGAGGCAGAGGGUUCAGAGGUGGGAGAUGAUGGCGUCUGGAGUCUGUGGCGUCUGGAGUCUGUGGCGUCUGGCGUCUGUGGCGUCUGGAGUCUGUGGCGUCUGGCGUCUGUGGCGUCUGGAGUCUGUGGCGUCUGGAGUCUGUGGCGUUUAUUUUAA